AGUAAAUUCGAUACUAUCAUUUAAAAAAAAUAAAAAAUAUAUAAAAAAUGGCUUCCAUGUGUGGUAGCAGUAAAAGUCAUCCAGCAUUGACUAACAGCAGCUAUUACAGGAGUGGUGCUUAUCCUUAUCAAAGUGAUUAUUAUUAUCCACCCCGAUCAACGUGGUCAAGGGUAACACAACAUCCAACUAAAAAACAAAAUGUCAAUUCAACUUGGAAGAUUGGCAGUGCUAUGCUGAUAAUUUCAGCGAUGCUUGUGUUAAUUGCAGUACUUGCUAUAGCUGGUCUUGCAUUAUGGUUGGGUGCAUUGAGAAAUGAUUCUAAAAAUGCUAUCAUUGGAUUCACUUGCAAUUUCAGAGUAAUUAAAGGUGAAAGAUAUAAUCCAAUGUUAAAAUUGAACACCAGUAUGGUGUUUAAAGAUAAAGAAAGAAAGUACAAAAAUAUAUUUGAAUUAUUAUUCAGAAGAAGUGUAUUAAGUCCAGCAUACAAACAAACGAUUAUAGAUAAAUUUGAAAAUGGUACACUCAAAGUUUUCUUUAGAUUAUAUUUAGAUAGAAGGAAGAUACCAAGAUCAAUAACAAACAUUGAAGAUACCAUUGAAGAUAUUAUUGCUAAAGAAACUUAUUCUGUCUCAUCAUUGUUCAAAGAUUUGGAAUUAGAUCUUGCAAGUAUCAAUGUUAAACGAAUAAAUCAAGAUAUAACAACGAAUCAAAAACAAACGAUAAAUCAACAAAGAAAUGCCAUGAUCACAAAAAAUGGUUUACUCCGACCAAACAGAACGAGUCCAUUGAUAACUGGAACCAAUAAACCAAAGUCUAAAAUAACUAAAAUCGAAUCUAACGAGCCAGAAAUUGAUUUUAAUAAUAUACCAACGAUUCAAGGUACUUACAAAGCAACCAAAGUCAAUGAAACUAUGAAAAAUUCGACCAAAUUGGAUGAUAAAACUAUCGAAUCAAAUGUUACAAAUGUUAAAGAUGAUUCAAGAUUGGACGAAUUAAUGAAAAGUACCAUUUCAAGGAUUGAUAAUAAUACCAAAUUGGAAUUAACAUCGAUUCAAACGAUUUCUAGUACAACGAUGAAGUACAAAACUACGAAUAAAGUUGAACAUACAGCUGACAUCGUUAAUAAUCAAAAAGAAAUGUCAUUACCAUCUGUAAAAGUGUCAUCAAGUACUACAGCAAGUACUAGCAGUGUUGUUUAUCAAGAUUUUCAUAAACCAGAUCUUGAAACUUCACCAUGGAAACCGAUAGUUCCUGAAUAUGUUAACACAGAACUUAAAUUAUUGUUAGAAACAACGAUGUCAUCAUUGAACACUGAUUCUAAUGUUCAAAAUCCGGUAUACAAUUUACAGGAUAAAAUUAUAGAAAAUACUAAGUCAAAAUUAGUAAAUAAAAUGUCGGAAAAUUUAGAACCAAUUAAUACGAGAAUUGACGUAUCAGGAAUGAGUACGUUGGAUGAAGAAGACACUGAUUUUCCACAUGACAGAAUUGUUCCAGAAGAUAUGGUCAAUUUUCGGGUUAAUGGAAAGUUUAAAAAUAAAAUACCAGGUUUAAUGGAUGACGGUAAUCUGUUCACAGCACCAACACCAACGAUUGAUGACAUUAAUAAACCAAGUAUCGAAGUGUCAGGUCAAUUACCAUCGGAAACUUUUGAUUUACGAUUGAGUACUUCAUCGGAAUUAACAAAAACUGAUGAACAUAAGAAACAACAUUUUUAUCAAACUAUCGAUAGAUCUAAGACAAAAGUUGAAUCAAUCGAUUCAACUAAUGAAAAAAAUGAAAAUUCGAAUGUUACAAGGUGGAAUUUUCAAACGAACAAACCUAACAUUAGUGUAAAUGAUGAAUCAAUCGAUAGUAGCAUCUCUGGAAUAGGUGUAGCUGAACCUGUUCCAGAUUUAGAUGAAAAUUUGGAAACCAGAAGUAGAUUCAGUGUUAUCGAGGCAUUGGAAAAAGAUCAAAAUGAUGCAUUACGUGACAGAAAGGUUGAUCAGAGACCAAUUUACACGAGUUAUCGUAGUCCUGAUUUGAGUGGUAGUGCAAUUAGGCCUAGUAGUCUUAUUGAAAAUUCUGGAACUAUUAAACCCUUUCGACAUACAAUUCCUGUUGAUAAAAUUACAUCGGCAAUCAUUACGGAAAAUGACAAUAAAAGAUUACCUGUAAUAUCGGUUAAUACUGACGAUGAAAAUGAUGAACAUAACCUCAAUGAUAAAUGGUUGACAUCGAUGGAUAUUAAAAAAGCUACCGAAAUGAUUCAUUUAAAUAAACCUAAUUACGAGUCAUCUGUUAAAAAUGAAAACAUCGAAUUAACCGAACCACCAACGAUAUCAACGAAAUUUAAUGAAGAAGAAUUAAUCGAUGACGAUGAAAAAAUUUUGAAACUGGGUACAACUGAAGUUUAUUCAGAAAUAUUACAUCCAAUCAAUAAUGAUAAUGGACAAAAAUUAAUUGUUAACAAUGAUGAUCAAAACAAAGAUAUGAUACCAGAAAAAUUAACUUCCAGUGUAUCAAGAAAUUCAACUUUCAUUGAAGUUGAUACAGUUCAACAUGUACCUAAUCGAGAUAACAACGAUGAAUUUGAUGAUACUAAUUCAAAAAAUGAAAACAACGAUGUUCCCAUUAAUCCUCAUUUGACAACUACUCCAGGAACACGUAAAAAAAUUUACAACGACACGUUGAAAGCAUACGUGGUUGAAAAUUUGGUUACUUUGGCACCUGUUAAAAGUAAUACAGGUGUUGGUAGACCUGUCAGACCUAGACCUAAAAUUGAUAAUGACAAAUCAACGAAAAUUUCAUUGAAACCAUCUGCCGUCAGAAGUACACCUGAACGUUUAGAUGAAACAACGUUGCUCGAACAAUUGUUCGGUUUAAAAACAUUAGAAACAAAUGAUAAGAAUAAAUCUAAUUCAAAUAAUCAUACGUUUGAUAAUACUAAUCAAAAUAAUACUCGUAUUGAACAAAUCGUUGAAGUUGUAACAUCAGUAAGUACAAAAGUAUCAUCCAAGGAAAAUCCUGAUCGUGUUGUUCUCAGAUUUGUCGUAACGAAUUCAACCUCAUCACCGAUAAUUCAUACAGAUGGUAAUAAAAAAUCAGACAAAUUAUUGUCAUUUGAAAAUACCGAAGAAAAACGUUCAUUCAAAAAUGACAAUCCUACAAACUUAAAUCCACUGACCAUCUUAACAUCCGAUAGAAAAAUAUCAACGUCAGAAGAGGACCGUUUUAUUUUGGAUAAAUUGAAACAAUUAGCUGAAGUUAGAACACACGAUAAUAAACCUAGCCUAAAAAUUGUCAAAAAUUCGUCAGAUCAUUCUAUACAAAAUUCCAAUUUCCAAUUAAACGAUAGCAAAUUGAUAUCGCAUUUUGAUGAAUUAAAAAAAAUCGCUGACGUAGCAAUUGGAAACGAGACAUUGAAAAAUGACAGUUCGUUGUUCACGUUGAGCCGUGACGGUGUCAGGAUUUUAACGAAGAUAAUGAACAAGGUGAAUGACGAUGACAACGAUCAUCAAAUGAAAAAUCAUACGACGGAAUAUCCCGAUUUAAUAAUAUAUGAUAACUGUCUAGGAGGUGAUGGAUUUCGGUGCAACGACAACAAAUGUUUGCCAUCCAGUGCUAGAUGCAAUAUGUUAGGUGAAUGUAAGAAUUCCGAAGACGAGGCCAAUUGUACCUGUGCUGAUUUUUUAAAAGCCCAAUUACUACAUCAAAAGAUUUGCGAUGGUACACCAGACUGUUGGGAUUAUUCCGACGAAACUGAUUGCGAUUGGUGUGUCGAGGGUCAGUUCGUUUGCGGUAACAGCAGGUACUGCGUGGAUCAAAACAAGGUUUGUGAUGGUUUCCGUGAUUGUCCUACUGGUGAAGAUGAAAAAAAGUGUGCUGCAUUGAUCGAGGAUUAUAUCGAACAAGUAACUGACAUCUUUGAAAAUAAAACCAGUCUAUUGGGGAAUGGAAAUGAAGGAAAUGACGAAGACAUCUUCAACAAGUCUGAAGAUUAUUCGUUCGAUAUGGAAACCGGUCAUGAUGAUGUCCAACACCAGGUGUACGAUGAUCAAGAAGCUGUGGAAUCCACGUUAUCCAAAACAUCUGCCAUACCUGAUUCCUUAAAUUUAUCAAUGAACAGAGACACUUACGUGACUGUUGUACAAACGACUAUAUUACCGGAAGAAUCCACAAACUUAACCUAUUUAGUAUCGGGAAGAGAAAUAUCUUCAAAUUUGAGAAACAAUCUUAACAGUGGAACAACGUCCUAUCACACAAAAACAAAUUCUGCGAUUACUUCGAUCAAAGGAUUUGAAAAAGAAUUAAAUGGUUACAACGAUAAAGGUUAUUUGAAUAUUAGAAAAAAUGGCAAGUGGGGGAAACUUUGUUUAAAUUCGACCAAUAGUUAUGACCAGGAAAGACAAACCAAUUGGACCAUUGAAGAUCUUGGUAGGGCUGUUUGCAAAGCUAUCACUUAUCAAGAUUAUGAAAAAGUAGAAAAAGUUUUUGAAGAAAAUCCAUCGAAAGGUAAUUCGUAUUACGUGUUGUCGUUCAAUGAUAAAACAUCUGACAAAACCGUGUUGACUUUUAAACCGUCCAAUUGUCCCAGUGGUGAAAUUCUUAAGGUCAAGUGUAAAAAUUUAGAAUGUGGAAUAAGAACUCAAACCCCAUCGCAAGCCAGAUCUCACGUUUCACGACGUUACAGAAUUGUUGGGGGCGGUAGUUCAUCGGCUGGAAGUUGGCCUUGGCAAGUAGCACUUUACAAAGAAGGGGAUUAUCAAUGCGGAGGUGCACUUAUCAAUGACAAAUGGGUACUCUCAGCAGCCCACUGUUUUUAUCGUACUCUCGACGAGUAUUGGGUUGCAAGAAUUGGUGCUACAAGAAGAGGAAGUUUUCCAAGUCCACACGAACAAUUGUUACGAUUGGAUCGUAUUGUACUUCAUCCUGAUUAUAUUGACAAUGGGUUUAUCAAUGAUAUAGCAUUACUCAGAUUAGAAAAAUCGGUUACUUUUAGCGAUUAUGUUAGACCAGUAUGUUUACCACAGAAUGAACCUAAAAGUGGUACAACAUGCACUGUAACCGGUUGGGGACAAUUGUUUGAGAUCGGUAGAAUAUUUCCUGAUACUUUGCAAGAGGUUCAAUUACCUUUGAUAUCAACUGAGGAAUGUCGUAGGAAAACUAUCUUCUUACCUUUAUACAGAAUAACAUCUGGAAUGUUGUGUGCUGGAUUGAAAGAUGGCGGAAGGGACGCGUGUUUGGGUGACAGUGGUGGUCCAUUGGUUUGUUCUGGAUCGGAUAAUAAAUAUACCAUUCAUGGUAUCACUUCAAACGGUUAUGGCUGUGCAAGACCAGGAAGACCUGGAGUUUAUACGAAAGUUCAUCAUUAUUUAUCAUACAUUGAACGUGUUAUUAAUUCACAUGACAACGUACCAUCUAUUAUAGCAUCCUGUAAAGGUCACAGAUGUCCUUUGGGUGAAUGUUUGCCUAAAUCAAGAAUAUGCAAUGGAUUCCUCGAAUGUUCCGAUGGCAGCGACGAACGUGAUUGCUCUACGAAUUUAAGAUAAAAAAAAAAGAAACAAAAAAAAAUGCAAAAAAAAAAAA